AUGUCUUCAUCGACGGCGCCGAUCGCGACGCAGGCGAGCGUAUCCCACGCCGAGGCGCCCUCGCCGGCCACAUGGCGCGAUGCGCUCGCUGCUGCCGACGGCACGCCGGCCGAGUUCGAGCUCGUGAAGAUGCUCGUGUUCAAGCCCAAGACCGCAAAGGGCGCCGCCGUCACGCCUGUUGUCGUCGUUGCGAGGGAGGAGACGGAGACGCAGGCUGCGGCGCUGGGCAAGAAGAUCGGUGCAAAGGAGAUGAGGCUGGCCAACGACGAGCUGCUCAUCGAGACCUUUAAGCUCGACAAGAACUCGCUCACCCCCCUCGCAUUGACGGCCGAGACGUUCCCGAAAGUGAUCACGGUACUCGACAGCGCGCUAAGCUCGACGACCAAACCCCUCGCCCUCCGCGCCUCGUCCCCGACAUCCACCAUCUUCGUCUCCGGCUCCGAUCUCGCAUCAUACAUCCAGAACCUCGCCUCUUCCGCUCCAGACGCCGCCUUCCACGAGAUCGACUUUGCCAACCUCAGCUCGGAACCGGUCCCCACCGGUGCGAAACCCGCGCAGCCGGCGAAGGCGCAGAAGGAGAAGGAGGAUGCGAGGAUCGAGGGCGCUGUGCAGGUUGCUAUCGGCGUUAAGAAGGAGGUCGAUUUUGCGGCGUGGUAUACGAAUGUUUUGAUCAAGGCGGACAUGCUCGACUAUUACUCCGUCUCGGGCUGCUACAUUCUCAAGCCUUGGUCUUACACUAUCUGGGAGACCAUCCAAUACUGGUUCAACGAGAAGAUCAAGGAGAUGGGCGUCGAGAACGCUUACUUCCCCAUGUUCGUCUCGCAAAAGGUCCUCGAGCGUGAGAAAGACCACAUUGAGGGCUUCUCGCCCGAGGUCGCUUGGGUCACUCGCGCUGGCCAGUCCGACCUCGAGGAGCCGAUCGCCAUUCGCCCGACGUCUGAGACGGCGAUGUACCCUUACUACGCCAAGUGGAUUAAGUCGCACCGCGACCUCCCGCUCAAGCUCAACCAGUGGAACUCCGUCGUCCGCUGGGAGUUCAAGAACCCGCAGCCCUUCCUCCGCACGCGCGAGUUCCUCUGGCAGGAAGGCCACACAGCACACAUGACCAAACCCGAAGCCGACACCGAAGUCCGCCAGAUCCUCGACCUCUAUAGGCGCGUCUACGAAGACCUCCUGGCCGUGCCCGUCAUCCCCGGCGUCAAAUCCGAAAAAGAAAAGUUCGCAGGCGGUCUCUACACCACGACGGUCGAAGGCUUUGUCCCCACCUCCGGCCGCGGCAUCCAAGGCGCCACCUCCCACUGUCUCGGCCAAAACUUCUCGCGGCCCGAGAUGUUCAACAUCUUCGUCGAGGACCCGGAUAACGGCGGCAAGCCGGCGUACGUGUGGCAGAAUAGCUGGGGACUGAGCACGCGCACGAUCGGCGUGAUGGUCAUGGUGCACGGCGACAACCAAGGGCUCGUUCUCCCGCCCCGCGUGGCGUCGGUGCAAGUCGUCGUCGUCCCCUGCGGCAUCACCGUCAAGACGUCCGACGCGCAACGCAAAGAGAUCAACGACAAAUGCGCCGAUAUCGUCGCGGAGCUCAAGAAGGCCGGCGUGCGCGCCAAGGCGGAUCUCAGGGACCUGUACACGCCCGGGUGGAAGUUCAACGAGUGGGAGCAGAAGGGCGUGCCGCUGAGGUUGGAGAUCGGGCCGCAGGAUAUUAAGAAGGAGCAGGCGUUGGGCGCGCGGAGGGAUACGGGCGUUAAGGCGCCGUUGCCGCUUAAGGAGCUUAACACCGCCGUGCCGGAGCUGCUGGAGACGAUCCAGAAGGAGAUGUUCGAGCGCGCGAAGAAGAAUUACGAGGACCAUAUCGUCGCGGUUAGGAACUGGGACGAGGUUGUGCCCGCGCUCGAUAGCAAGAAUGUGGUGGUUAUGCCGUGGUGCGAGCGCGAGGCGUGCGAGGACGAUAUUAAGGAGCGGAGCGGGCGCGCGGCGGAGCCGCAGGACGAGAGGGCGCCGAGUGCGGGGGCUAAGAGUUUGUGCAUUCCGUUUGAGCAGGAGAGGUGGGAGAAGAUCGUGGAGGGGCAGACGAAGUGUGUGGCGUGUGGGCAGGACGCGAAGAGGUGGACGUUGUUCGGCAGGUCGUACUAG